AUGACCUUCAAUCGGUACAGCCAACGAGCAAGGCGUCGUAAGCUCCAUGAGUUCGAUGCCGAAAUGGGCUUCGUGUCCGACAACCCGUUGGAGCUGCGGUCAACUUCGACCAGUUCCUCGGAAGGGCCCGUGCAACCGGGAGCAAUGCCUCCAAGCCUGCCCACCUGCAAUGGGUCCACCCUUCAGCCUCCAAGCAGGCCUCCAAGCUUCCUGCCUAUGCGAGGCGAGUCGCAAGCGAUGCCAGCUGGGGCAAAUCCGUCUUCAGCGCCGCAGGUCACCUCGGGCGCGGCUCAGGUCUUGGUUCCACAGCAUCCACCGCCUUCGCAGCCUCCGGUCGUGCACGAGUUCUGCCCAGGCAUUGUCCAACUUCGCCUUGCCGACCAGCUGCCGGUUCCCCCGCCGGACUCCGCGCAGCAAGGGCACCAGGCUCCCGAGUUUGUCCCCCAGGCGCAACCGCAGGACUUCCCACCCGUGGACUAUGCCAGCGCUGCGGCCAUCGGCAUUGCAGUCGCUAUGGCCACGUUGAUGGGUUCCGGGCAGAUGCCCUCGCAGGCUCCUGGUCAGAUGCCGUGGGUUCCGCAAGCCGAAGUCUACGAUCCGAACAUGUAUGAAAGGACGGCCGAAGCCCACGAGAUGAAUAUGUUCUACAACUCGCCGAUGGUUGCUUCCAUGCCACCUGCACCACAAGUGCCGACGAUGUCCCUUGCCCCGGAGACGCCCUGCCGGAUGCGCCCGAUUAGCUUCGAAGACCGCGAGACACCUCCUCCCCUGCCAUACCAGAUGCAGGCCGUCUCAGAUGGUUUCCAUCAGUUCCAAGUAGGGCAGCUGGGUGUCGUGAACGAGGAGUGCGAGAAGGUGAAGUUGACCUACGAGGACGCACUGUCUCCUCGAAGCAACCGCGAUUCGACACUUCUGCCGAUUCCGAAGGACCCCGUGUCUCCUCGCAGCAACCGUGACUCGAACCUCCUGGCGAUCCCGAAGGAAGACAUGCCCCCAUUCAGUACGCCACAGCGGCAGAAGGCUCCCUGCAGCCCUCCUUCGUCGGUGGUACAGACGCCUUGUCCAGGGCCCUGGGUGAUGGAUACGCCUUCGCCACAGAACUGCGCCUCUCUGGCGAACUAU